UGAAGCGAAAUAGAGGUUGUAUAGUGUUAUUGUAUCUCACGUUUUGAAAGAUAACUGAAAUGUGUCAUCUUCAAAGCAAUUGAAAACAACUCUUUCCUACCUCAUCCAGGUAGUGAGGCAACAACUACCAAGUGCCAAAAUAAAAUUGUCUCCUUGUGAAUUGUAAUUGCAUAUGAUAAAAUAUACAGACUACUACCUCAAAUUAAACUAUGCCAAAAUGCAUGCCCUAAAAUGGACUUCACCUUUAAAUUUCUUUUUGAGCGACGCUAUAAGGGUUACCACCAGGAUUGCAUCCAGAAAACAAAUUGCAAUAAGCAUGGCUACUUCAAUUUCUCAACCAUAUCCCUCACUCAAAUCACGUCUUCGAAAGGGGGAUUGCUUGUAUGGUCUCUUCUUUGACAGCUUCUCUCCGACAAUCGCUGAGAUAUCUGGUCAUGCUGGCUAUGAUUUUGUCAUUGUUGACAUGGAGCAUGGCUAUGGUGGAAUAUCCGAGGCUCUCUCUUGCCUCCACGCCCUUGCUGCAUCUCAAACUCCGGUAAUUCUUCGAUUGCCCGAGUGCUCUGCCAUGUGGGCUAAGAAGGCCCUGGAUUUGGGCCCACAAGGGCUCAUGUUUCCCAUGAUCCAUACCCCACAGUUGGCCCAAGAGGCCGCCUCUUACUGCCGCUAUCCACAAGCUGGUAUUUGUGGUGUGGCCCAUUCUAUUACUAGGGCUUCUAAGUAUGGUCUUGAUCCAGGAUACUUGGACUGGUGUGAGGAGGAACUGCUCAUCAUGUGCCAAGUUGAGUCAGAGGAGGCUGUGGAGAAGAUCCAGGAGAUCACGAUGGUGGACGGGCUGGACUGCGUCAUGGUUGGACCGACUGAUCUGAGUGCUAACAUGGGAUACAUCAGAGACCCAGGUAAUGAGAAUGCUGUGAAGAUGGUGCAGACUGUGGAAAAUGCAGUGUUGAGCAUGAAGCCCAAAGGUGAUAAAAGGGUUUUUCUAGCUGGCUUUGCAAUGCCACAUGAUGAACCUAGUGAGCUAAAGAAGCGUGGGUAUCAGAUGGUUUGUGGUGCUGUUGAUAUUGUACUCUACAGGGAGGCCGCUGUUAAGGAUGUUCUCAAGUUCAAGACUUCUGUCAAGCAAAUGUAACAGCUUAGUGAAUAGUGAAUAUGGUAUGCGUGACCCUCAGGCUGUAAUUUCUAGAAAAUAACAAGUGAUAUAAUAAUGAACUACCAGCAAUUUUGUGUUCAA